AUGACUACAGAUCAACCUGUUGCUAUUACUAGUAUCGGUAGUCAUUUACAUACAUCUGAUCAUGAAGUUGAUCUCAAUGCUAUUACUUCAAAUCCACUUUCUAUUAGUGAAAUCGGUACUACUUUAACUGAUGUUCAAAAAAAUUUCGUAUUGAAAAGAUUACAUUUUGAUGCUUUAGUCUCAUUUGAAAAGAUGCCUCCACAAGCUGCAUUCAUCUUUGAAAAGAUUGAACAAAUGACAACUGAGGAAGCUGUUGAAAUAUUAGAGAAAAUAGUUGAAGAACAUAAAGAUGAUGUCAAUGUGUUAGAUCAAGACGAAGAGCUUUGGGUGAAAUUAAUCAACAGUUCAAACCCACACGAAACCUCUGCUGUCAAAGAGAAAUUAGGAGCUGUUAUCCAUGAAACUAAAUUCAGUGAAGAAUCUUCAUCUUCAUUUGAGAACGAAAAAGAAUCGGGACAUCUUGAAGAUUACUACAAGAUUGUUGAUUGGAGUUUACAAGUUAGAUUAGAAGCUGUUUUAGUUGCUUAUUGGUCACCUUAUCCACAAGUUAGAGCUGUUACAGACCCAUAUGAUGACCCUACUACACCUGCAGAAACUCUUCGUGUUUAUAUUGUCGCUUCUAUUUGGACUGCUAUUGGUGCUGUGAUUAAUCAAUUCUUUUCAGAAAGACAACCUGCCAUUUCACUUGGUAUGUCCGUUGUUCAAGUGUUCUUAUAUCCAACAGGAUUAAUAUUAGAAUGGAUUUUACCUAAAUGGAAGAUCAAGUUUUGGAAAUGGACUAUUGAUUUAAAUCCAGGUCCAUACACUUUCAAAGAACAAAUGUUGGCUACUAUUUUCUGUGGUGUUUCUUCGGGUACUUCAUAUGCUGCUUCGAAUAUUCUUAUGCAAAAAUCUGAAUUAUUUUAUAACAAUCAAUGGGUUGAUUGGGGUUAUCAAAUCUUGUUAAUCUUAUCAACGAAUUUUCUUGGAUUUGGUCUUUCUGGUAUUAUGAGACAAUUUGCAGUUUAUCCAACUAAAGCAUUAUGGCCAUCUAUCUUGCCAAAUUUAAAAUUAAACAGAACUUUAAUGUCACCAGAAGCAAAAUCAAAUAUUAAUGGAUGGACUAUAUCCGGUUAUAAAUUUUUCUUCACUGUUCUAGCAAUAUCAUUUUUAUACUUUUGGGUUCCAGAUUAUCUUUUUUAUGCUAUUUCUCAAUUCAAUUGGAUGACAUGGAUAAAACCAGAUAAUUAUGAUCUUGCUGUUAUUACUGGUUCAUUUGAUGGGUUAGGAGUAAACCCAAUUCCAUCAUUCGAUAUGAAUAUCAUUGGGACUGGUUAUUUUUAUACUCCUUUUUAUAACACUGUUUUAAAUUAUAUUGGUAUGGUAUUGGGAUUCUUUUGCAUUGUCGGGUUGUUUUAUUCCAACUAUAAAUGGACAGGAUAUUUACCUCCCAACUCAAACAGAUUAUUUACCAAUACUGGUGAACCAUAUAGUGUUACUGCUGUGGUUAAUGAAAAAUCUUUAUUCGAUGAAGCAAAAUACAAAGAAAUUGGACCUCCAUUCUAUUCAGCUGCGAAUUUGGUUGUCUAUGGUGCUUUCUUUGCUAUUUAUCCAUUUCAUUUUGUUUAUGAAAUUGGUAUGAAUUAUAAACAAAUGUGGGGUGCGUUGAAAUCUGUAUACUAUGGUAUUAGAAAUUUCAAAAGAUCAACAUAUGAAGGCUUUGAUGAUCCACAUAGUAUAAUGAUGAGAAAAUACAAAGAGGUUCCCGAAUGGGCAUAUCUUAUUAUCCUUAUUAUUUCAUUAGUGUUGGCUAUUAUUUGUGUUAAAGUGUAUCCUGCUGAAACACCAGUAUGGGGGAUCUUUUUUGCCUUGGGUAUUAAUUUUAUUUUCUUGAUUCCAUUGACCACUAUUCAAUCAAGAACUAUGUUUGGAUUUGGUUUGAACGUUUUGGUCGAAUUGAUUAUUGGUUAUGCUAUUCCAGGUAAUGGGCUAGCCUUGGCAUUCAUCAAAGCAUUAGGUUACAAUAUUGAUGGUCAAGCUCAAAAUUUCAUUAAUGAUUUGAAACAGGGUCAUUAUGCUAAAAUUCCACCAAGAGCUACUUAUAGAUGUCAAUUGCUUUCUGUUUUCAUUACAUCUUUUAUUCAAUUAGGAAUUUUAAACUAUCAAAUUACUGGUAUAAAAGAUUAUUGUUACCCAGAUAACAAACAAAAAUUUACUUGUCCCGAUGGGGUUACAUUCUACAAUGCAUCUGUUUUAUGGGGGGUUAUUGGACCAAAGAAAGUUUUUGGUGGAUUAUAUCCACAAUUACAAUGGUGUUUCUUAAUUGGUUUCUUGUUGGCAUUCCCAUGUAUAGUAUUCAAGAAGUGGGGUCCUAGGAAACUUACAAAAUAUUUUGAACCAUCUAUUAUUAUUGGUGGAUUUUUGGGAUUUGCUCCAUAUAAUUUAUCUUAUUACACUGGUGGUUUGUAUGUUGGAUAUGGUUUCAUGCAUUAUAUUAAAAGAAAAUAUGAAGCAUGGUGGCAAAAAUAUGAUUAUUUAUUAGCAUCUGGUCUUGAUGCUGGUAUUGCCUUUUCAUCAAUCAUUAUCUUUUUUGCUGUUUUCUAUCAUGAUAAAAAUAUCUCCUGGUGGGGUAAUAAUGUUGCUUAUGAAGGUUGGGAUGCUAAUAUGUCAACUGGUUAUUUGAAUGCUACCAUACAUGCCCCUGAUGGAUAUUUUGGACCAAGAGUUGGUCAUUAUCCAUAA